GAAUGGGGAUUUAUGAUGCCAUGAAAUUUUGCAAGGCUGAUAUCUCAACUGUUUGCUUUGGAUUGGCGGCUUCCAUGGGUGCAUUUUUGUUAGCUGCUGGGACAAAGGGAAAGAGAUUUUGCAUGCCAAAUGCGAGAAUUAUGAUCCAUCAGCCAUCAGGGGGAGCUGGUGGGAAGGCCACAGAGAUGGGAUUGCAGAUAACAGAAAUGCUCUAUGAGAAGAUAAAGAUCAACAAGAUAAUGUCAAGGAUCACUGGAAAGCCUGAAGAGCAGAUUGACGAGGACACGAAGUUUGACUGUUUCAUGAGUCCUUGGGAGGCCAAGGAUUAUGGAAUAAUUGACAGCAUUAUAGAUGAGGGGAAACUUGGAUUGGUAGCUCCUGUAUCGGGAGCUGUGCCACCCCCAAAAUCACGUGUGUGGUACUUGUGGAACGCUUCAGGACCAACUAGAAAAAUAAUGAAAAAUCUACCUUCAGAGGAAAAGCUCAUUCGAAAUGGCAAUGGCAGUGUAAGUGGAGCUGAUGGAAUGCUGAAGGAGGCCUCAUCAACUUGAGAUAUGUCUACCAGCUUACAGCAUCACCAUGGGUUUAGGAUCAAAGAUGUGGCUUGCUAUACAGGCCAGAUCAUACAAUGUGCAAUUUUCAGGGUGCAGGUCUGUAUGCCUUGCCGGUACUCGAAGAUUGGCUGUAGUGCUGUUUGUAUGCUGUAUUGUAUUAUUUUUCCUGUAUACGGUUGAUUUUUUUUGAUCUUGCAGUGCAACCAUCAUUUUGCAGGAGAAUAUAGGCCUUGUUUGUUUGGGGUUUUGCUUC